AUGCCCCGGCCGGAGCUGCCCCUGCCGGAGGGCUGGGAGGAGGCGCGCGACUUCGACGGCAAGGUCUACUACAUAGACCACACGAACCGCACCACCAGCUGGAUCGACCCUCGGGACAGGUACACCAAACCGCUCACCUUUGCUGACUGCAUUAGUGAUGAGUUGCCGCUAGGAUGGGAAGAAGCGUAUGACCCACAGGUUGGAGAUUACUUCAUAGACCACAACACCAAAACCACUCAGAUUGAGGACCCCCGGGUACAAUGGCGGCGGGAACAGGAGCACAUGCUGAAGGAUUACCUGGUGGUGGCCCAGGAGGCCCUGAGUGCACAAAAGGAGAUCUACCAGGUGAAGCAACAGCGUCUGGAGCUUGCACAACAGGAGUAUCAGCAGCUGCAUGCCGUCUGGGAGCACAAGCUGGGCUCCCAGGUCAGCUUGGUUUCUGGUUCAUCAUCCAGCUCUAAGUAUGACCCUGAGAUCCUGAAAGCUGAAAUUGCCACUGCAAAGUCCCGGGUCAACAAGCUCAAGAGAGAGAUGGUUCACCUGCAGCAUGAGCUACAGUUCAAAGAGCGUGGCUUUCAGACCCUGAAGAAAAUCGAUAAGAAAAUGUCUGAUGCUCAGGGCAGCUACAAACUGGAUGAAGCUCAGGCUGUCUUGAGAGAAACAAAAGCCAUCAAGAAGGCCAUCACCUGUGGAGAAAAGGAAAAGCAAGAUCUCAUCAAGAGCCUGGCCGCGCUGAAGGAUGGCUUCCGCACCGACAGAGGGUCGCACUCAGACCUGUGGUCCAGCAGCAGCUCUCUGGAGAGUUCGGGCUUCCCGCUGCCCAAACAGUACCUGGACGUGAGCUCACAGACGGACAUCUCGGGAAGCUUCGGCACCAGCAGCAACAAUCAGUUGGCAGAGAAGGUCAGAUUGCGCCUUCGAUAUGAAGAGGCUAAGAGAAGGAUUGCUAACCUGAAGAUCCAGCUGGCCAAGCUCGACAGGGAGGCCUGGCCUGGAGUCCUAGACUCUGAGAGGGACCGACUGAUCCUCAUCAAUGAGAAGGAGGAGCUGCUGAAGGAGAUGCGCUUCAUCAGUCCCCGGAAGUGGACCCAGAGUGAAGUGGAGCAGCUGGAGGUGGCCCGGAAGCGGCUGGAGAAGGACUUGCAAGCAGCCCGGGACACCCAGAGCAAGGCACUCACAGAGAGGUUAAAGUUAAACAGUAAGAGGAACCAGCUGGUGAGAGAACUGGAGGAAGCCACUCGGCAGCUAGCAACUCUGCACUCCCAGCUGAAAAGUCUCUCAAGCAGCAUGCAGUCCCUGUCCUCAGGCAGCAGCCCCGGAUCCCUCACGUCCAGCCGGGGCUCCCUGGCCGCCUCCAGCCUGGACUCCUCCACCUCAGCCAGCUUCACUGACCUCUACUAUGACCCGUUCGAGCAGCUGGACUCAGAGCUGCAGAGCAAGGUGGAGUUCCUGCUCCUGGAAGGGGCCACGGGCUUCCGGCCCUCAGGCUGCAUCACCACCAUCCACGAGGACGAGGUGGCCAAGACCCAGAAGGCAGAGAGAAGUGGCCGCCUACAGGCCCUGCGCUCCCUUUCUGGCACCCCAAAGUCUAUGACCUCCUUGUCUCCACGCUCCUCUCUCUCCUCCCCAUCCCCCCCCUGCUCCCCUCUCAUCGCUGACCCCCUCCUGGCUGGAGAUGCCUUUCUGAACCCCCUGGAGUUUGAAGACCCGGAGCUGAGUGCCACUCUUUGCGAACUGAGCCUUGGCAGCAGUGCCCGGGAGAGAUACCGGCUAGAGGAACCGGGUACAGAGGGCAAGCAGUUGGGCCAAGCUGUGAAUAUGGCCCAGGGGUGUGGCCUGAAAGUGGCCUGUGUCUCGGCUGCAGUGUCGGACGAGUCGGUGGCUGGGGACAGUGGUGUGUACGAGGCUUCUAUGCAGAGACUAGGCGUUUCAGAAGCCGCUGCGUUUGACAGUGAUGAAUCGGAAACAGAGGGUGCAACCCGGGUUCAGGUCGCCCUGAAGUAUGAUGAAAAGAAUAAGCAAUUUGCAAUAUUAGUCAUCCAGCUGAAUAACCUUUCUGCUCUGUUGCUGCGACAAGACCAGAAAGUGAACAUUCGUGUGGCUAUCCUUCCUUGUUCUGAAAGCGUCACCUGCCUAUUCCGGACCCGGCCUCUAGAUGCCUCAGAUACCCUCGUGUUCAAUGAAGUAUUCUGGGUAUCCAUGUCCUAUCCAGCCCUUCACCAGAAGACCUUAAGAAUCGAUGUCUGUACCACCGACAAGAGCCAUCUGGAGGAGUGCCUGGGAGGCGCCCAGAUCAGCCUGGCUGAGGUCUGCCAGUCCGGGGAGAGGUCAACUCGCUGGUACAACCUCCUAAGCUACAAAUACUUGGAGAAACAGAGCAGGGAGUCCAAGCCAGUGGGAGCCACAGGCCCCACCCAAGGACCUGAAAACACGGACGCUGUGUCUGCUCUGUUGGAACAGACAGCAGUGGAGCUGGAGAAGAGGCAGGAAGGAAGGAGUAGCACACAGGUGCUGGAAGACAGCUGGAGGUAUGAGGAGGAGACCAGCGAGAACGAGGGGGCGGCCGAGGAAGAGGAGGAGGAGGGAGAGGAGGACGUUUUUGAUGAGAAAGUCUCACCAGAUGUGGAUGGGUACCCAGCAUUAAAGGUGGACAAAGAGACCAACACCGAGACACCAGCCCCAUCCCCCAUGGUGGUGCGGCCCAAGGACCGGCGGGUAGGCACCCCGUCCUCGGGGCCAUUUCUUCGAGGAAGCACCAUCAUCCGCUCUAAGACCUUCUCCCCGGGACCCCAGAGCCAGUACGUGUGCCGGCUGAAUCGGAGUGAUAGUGACAGCUCCACUCUGUCCAAAAAGCCACCUUUUGUUCGCAACUCCCUGGAGCGGCGCAGCGUCCGGAUGAAGCGGCCUUCCUCAGUCAAAUCUCUGCGCACCGAGCGCCUGAUCCGCACCUCGCUGGACCUCGAGUUAGACCUACAGGCAACGAGGACCUGGCACAGCCAGCUGACUCAGGAGAUCUCAGUGCUGAAGGAGCUCAAGGAGCAGCUGGAACAAGCCAAGAGCCACGGGCAGAAGGAGCUGCCACAGGGGGUGUGCGAGGACGAGCGCUUCCGCCUGCUGCUGAGGAUGCUGGAGAAGCGGCAGAUGGACCGAGCAGAGCACAAGGGUGAGCUUCAGACAGACAAGAUGAUGAGGGCGGCCGCCAAGGAUGUGCACAGGCUUCGAGGCCAGAGCUGCAAGGAGCCCCCCGAAGUGCAGUCUUUCAGGGAGAAGAUGGCGUUUUUCACCCGGCCUCGGAUGAAUAUCCCAACCCUCUCUGCAGAUGACGUCUAAUCGCCAGAAAAGUAUUUCCUUUGUUCUGCUGACCACGCUGUGAAUGUUGACCGUGGCUAAAGUUAUUUAUGUGGUGUUAUAUGAAGGUACUGAGUCACAGGUCCUCUAGCGCUCUUGUUGGUUUGAAGAUGAACAGAUUUUUUUUU